GCGUUUCUAACCUCCCCUCAGAAUUUACUCUCCAUUGAGAGAGAGAGAGAGAGAGAGAGAGAGAGAAAACUCACUUAACUCACUCGAGAUUGUGGUGAUUGCUUGCGCGCAUUGCAGACAGAAAAUGGCUCAGAUGGAGAGGACCCAAAGAAAUAUGGGAAGUAGCGGAAGCGGAAGCGGAAGCGGAAGCGGAACUCCACGUAAUACAAUUACGACGAUGGAACAAUUUCUCCACUACGACGAUCCACACUUCCGCGAAGAAGAUCACAGUCAGCAUUCCAGGAAGUCGGUCAUAACAAAAAUGAAAGAGAAGACUAAGAGAUGGAGAGAGACACUGGUUAAGAAAAAGCCUGACGAUAAUGUCACUCCUACUUGGGGUGUUAGCUUGGACGAGGAAGAUGAUUACGACCAAGAUGUAGAACCCGAAUAUCUCGGAGCCCCCAUGUAUGAAUCAGAAUUGGCACCUGAGGAUUGUAGAGAGGCAGCGAGGCAGCACCCAAGGGCGAACCCAGUGAUCUCUAAUAAGCAUUUUUUGGCUACCAAUUUCACCACUCAACAUCACGAGGAACAUGUCAAAGAUCAGAAAGGCAAGCAGAUUGACCUAGCUGCCGAUGACAAGACCAUCACCCAAACCAUGGCCGAUAAGCUUUCCCCGGCCUGUGCAGCUGUCACAGCGACGCUCGCACCUAAUCAAGCAGAUAGUCCCAUCCUCUCUCCCAAUGCAUCCAACACACGUACUGGUAAUGUUACCAACAUGCCCACCGGUACCGGCACCGGCACCGGCACCGACACCCCUCCCAGUGCAGGUAACACAGGUAUUGGUAAUGUUGUCAACAUGGGUACCGGUGUCGGUGUCGUUGCCGGUAUCUCUCCCAGUGCAGCCAACGCACGUACCGGUAGUAUUGCCAGCAUGGACACCGGCAUCUCUCCCCGUGCAGCCAGCAUACGUACUGAUAGUGUUGCCAGCAUGGACACCGGCACCCGCAUCUCUCCCCGUGCAGCCAACACACGUACUGGUAGUGUCGCCAGCAUGGGCCCCGGCACCAGUACUGGCAUCUCUCCCAGUGCAGCCUACACACGUAGCGGUAGUGUUGCCUGCAUGGACACCGGCACCGGCAUCUCUCCCCGUGCAGCCAACACACGUACUGGUAGUGUUGCCAGCAUGGGCACCGGCACCGGCACCGGCAUCUCUCCCCGUGCAGCUAACACACGUACUGGUAGUAUUGCCAGCAUGGGCAUGGGCAUCGGCUCCGGCGCCGGGGCUGGUUACCAUCAGCAGCAAUGGGACAAAGGGGUGUCGGUGAAAGAGUAUGUGACGCACAAACUGGAACCAGGUGAAGAUGAGAUAGCACUUUCUCAGGUGAUCACAGAAGCCAUCAGUCCACGUAAACCCACUGCGAGUGGUGGUGAUAAACAUGAGGAGGGCAUGGUAGAGAAGGUAAAGGAUGCCGUUUCUUCUUUACUCUGGACCUCCAACGAUUCCUCACCAUCAUCAUCAACCUCAAAAGCAACAAAAACAACAACAAUAAAAUCAAAGCCAGCAAACAAUGCUUCCACAAACGUUCCCGUCUCUACCAAUGCUUAUUCAGCAGUUCAGGAAGAAGAAGAGCAGAUCAACAAGGGAAGGAUUCUUCAGACCAACUAAGAGUCUUAAUACAUGCAACCUUACUCUACCAAUACAGCAGAGCUACAGACUAGAGACACAGAUUGGCAAUAUUUACUGAAUUAAGUUCCAAUUUUUCAUGAAAUUCUUUAACAUAUACUUCCAUAAACAUUAAUAUCCUCUUUAAUUUAUUUUCCUUAUUUGUAACUGUAUUUCCUCAUGACAAUAAAUGAGUUCGUACUGUAUAACGUUAA